UUGCACGUUAUUGUUUGUUUUGUAUCUCUGUUUUUCUACAGGUGGGAAACGGAUUUUUUUUUUCAACAAUUCACCACGUGGUUGGUUCAGGAAGCUUUUUCCUACAUUUAGUAUAGUCAAACAUCUAUUUAAUUAAAAGAAAAAAGUCAAACGUCUCAAGCUGUAGGAGAAGCAUCCGUAGUCCUUCAUGGUAGCUUCGUUCUUCUGAACAAUUAAUCAUCUUCUUAUUAUCUUUAGACUCAAAUCUCCACAGAAACACAUGGCUCUUCCUCCUUUCCCAAGUGUGGGAAAAAGGUUUCAGUUGAUGAUCCUGCUUUAUUCCCUUCUUGCUGUGCUUCAGAGCCCUGGUGGUACAAUUGUUUACGGUAGUGAAUGUGAUAAUUCACAAAAUUACAAUGUCAAUAGAGCAUUUCAUGAUAAUCUUAUAAAUGUCUUUGAUUCAAUGUCCUCUGGUGCUUCCCUCUCAUUCUCAGGCUUUUAUAACAGUAGUAGUGUUGGCAAUGACACAGUCAGAGCAUAUGGCCUCUUUCUUUGCCUAGGAUUUGUUAGCCAAGACAAAUGUAAGUCCUGUGUCGACAAAGCAAUUCGGGACAUGCUGCGAGAAUGUAUCAGUUUUUACCACCUGACAGUGGAUGAAAAAUAUUGUUUGUUGAGCUACUCAGAUCAAAAUUUCAUUGAGUGUGACGGUUAUUCUGUGGGUUUUAGUGAUUUCAAACAUACAGAGCCACUUAAGUAUAUUCAAGCUGUGAGAGAGAUGCUGGGUGAACUAUCUGAGGAGGCUUCCUAUUCAGCAACCAUGUAUGCAUUCAGAGAUUACACUAGUGAAUUUGAGAAGCUAUAUGGUCUUGUGCAGUGUCCCAUGGUCUUGUCUAAAAGUGGAUGCCGUAGAUGCCUACAAAGUGCCAUAGAAAAAACUCUUCUGUCUUGCAACGGUAGUAUUGGGGCAACAUUUAGGAGUAAGACCUGCUAUUUAAGGCAUGACAUAUUUGAUUUCACUGAAGGAGCACCUCCAUCAUCAGUUCCCACAAGUCAUGCAGGUCAUGACCAGGUGAAAGCAUCCAAAAAAAUUCUCUUUAUCAUCAUAUCUACAUGGAUAGCAGGAAUAUUUAUUUUGAGUUUCUGUAUCUACAGUCUUGUUGUGGCAAGGCAAGGGAACCAGCAGAAUGGGAGGGGCAGAGCUAUUGAUGAAGCUGUUCCAUUGCAACAAAUUGGUGUCCAAAUAGAUCAGAUGCAACCUCCAGACUUACCAUUGAUUAGUUUAGCUACCAUACAUGCAGCUACAAUAAACUUUUCUGAUUCAAAUAUUCUUGGACAAGGUGGAUUUGGCCCUGUUUACAAGGGAGUACUACCCAAUGGAAGGGAAGUAGCAAUUAAAAGGCUUUCAAAUGGUUCUGAACAAGGUUCAGUGGAGUUCAUGAAUGAAAUAUCUCUAAUAUUGAAACUUCAACACAAAAAUCUCGUCAGGCUUUUGGGUUGUUGCACAGAAGGAGAAGAAAGAAUUCUUGUCUACGAGUACAUGCCUAAUGGUAGCCUUGAUUUCUUCCUUUUUGAUCAAAGGAGACAAACUCUUCUUGAUUGGAGUACACGCUACAACAUCAUUUGUGGAAUUGCCCACGGGAUCCUCUAUCUUCAUGAGGACUCUCGACUUAGAAUCAUUCAUAGACACCUAAAAGCCAGCAAUGUGCUGUUGGACAAGGGCAUGAAUCCAAAGAUCUCAGACUUUGGCAUGGCAAGGAUCUUUCCUGGAAAUAUUGGUGAAGCUAAUACCGCUACGAUAGUGGGGACAUAUGGAUACAUGGCUCCCGAGUAUGCUAUGGAAGGAGUAUAUUCUACAAAGUCAGAUGUUUAUAGCUUUGGAGUUCUCUUGCUAGAGAUUGUAAGUGGGAGAAAGAAUGCUGGCUUCCAUCGGUCCGAACAUGCUCCCAGUCUUCUAGAUUAUGCAUGGCAGCUAUGGAAAGAGGGGAAAGGGUUGGAGUUGAUGUACCCACUGUUAGUAGAGACUUAUUGUGAGAGUGAAGUCUUGAGAUGCAUCAAUGUUGGGUUGUUGUGUGUUACGGAAGAUGCAAUGGAUAGACCCACUAUGUCACAAGUCAUCGUUAUGUUGAGAAGUGAAUCUCUUUCUCUCCCACAACCUCAACAACCUUCAUUCUCUGUUGGCCGAUUCACACCAACAACGAUCGAUGAUGUUUCUAUCAAUCAUGUAACUAUUACGGACGUUAUUCCUCGCUGAGUGACAUUGAUAUGUGUCUAGUCAAGUUAGCAUGCAUGGCUUACAUGGUUGGGAGGUUUACAUGCAAGGGGUCACUUACGUGGCUGAAUGGGCACCUAUGCAUUAUAUUAUGUUAGUUUUGAUUAGUGUGUUCUGGUUAGUAUAUGUAGUUUAUUAGUAGUAGGGUUGUAUUAUAUAUGUAAGUUGUGAUUAGUGUGUUGUGUUUAGUUAUAUGUAGUUUAUUAGUAGUGGGAAGGACGUAAUUAAUUAGUUAUUAGUAGCAAUGUAGCAUCAUGAGUUGAAGGGAGAGGCUGUAGGAGUGGGAAGUGGAUAGUUGUGAUAACCACAAUUGUAAGUGUAUUUAUUGAUGAAUGAUGACAUGAAACUUACCAUAAGUUCCAAGUGGGAGAUGGAGUGUGGUUAAAGUUGCCUAA